CAACCAGUUGGUAGAUGAAAAGCGGUCCAAUUAACAAACGGAUUCGUCAGUUGUCUCUCGUCGCAACCAUUCAAUCCUACGUGUAAUUCCUCAGUUGUCUCUGGUCUUCAACAAAAGACAAGCCCACAAAGAGAAAACAAAAAAAAAGUAAAGAAAAAGAAAAUUGUGAAGCGGUGAAAACAAGAGUUCCAAAAAGGUGGCUCCUUUUUGUUUCUGGAGAUGCGUUAUUGUGACCCUUCUUUGAAAUUUAGGGUUCAUUUUCUCAGAUUUCGAGUUCGUUGUGUUUGAAUCUCUAUUGGGUUUACUUUCUUAUUCGAUUUGGGGGAAAUGGCUGAUUGGUAUCAGCUUGCACAGUCUAUAAUCUUUGGUUUGAUCUUCGCUUACCUUCUCGCUAAGCUAAUCUCUAUCCUCCUCGCUUUUAAAGACGAGAAUCUCUCACUCACUCGUAACCACACGACUCAAUCGGAGUAUGAGAACUUGCGAAAGGUCGAAACUUUAACUGGGAUUAGCGGCGAGACUGAUUCUCUUAUAGCUGAGCAAGGUAGCUUGAGAGGUGAUGAAGAUGAAUCAGAUGAUGAUGAUUGGGAAGGUGUCGAAAGUACAGAACUUGAUGAGGCAUUUAGUGCUGCUACGGCUUUUGUUGCUGCUGCUGCAUCGGAUAGGCUUUCGCAGAAAGUUUCUAAUGAGUUGCAACUUCAGCUUUAUGGAUUGUAUAAAAUUGCUACUGAAGGACCUUGUACUGCUCCUCAACCAUCAGCUCUUAAAAUGACUGCUCGUGCCAAGUGGCAAGCAUGGCAGAAAUUGGGUGCUAUGCCUCCUGAGGAAGCGAUGGAGAAGUAUAUCGACCUUGUUACUCAGCUUUACCCAGCUUGGGUUGAAGGUGGCUCGAAACGAAGAAAUCGGAGUGGUGAGGCUGCAGGCCCCAUGGGACCGGUUUUUAGCUCAUUGGUGUACGAAGAGGAAUCUGACAAUGAGUUGAAGAUUGACGCCAUACACGCCUUUGCUAGAGAAGGAGAAGUCGAGAAUCUAUUGAAAUGCAUAGAAAAUGGCAUACCCGUAAAUGCAAGAGAUAGUGAAGGUCGAACACCACUGCAUUGGGCUAUAGACCGUGGCCAUCUUAACGUUGCUGAAGCUCUGGUUGAUAAGAACGCAGAUGUGAAUGCUAAAGACAAUGAAGGCCAAACCUCUCUACACUAUGCUGUUGUGUGCGAAAGAGAAGCACUCGCCGAGUUUCUGGUGAAGCAGAAAGCUGAUACAACCAUUAAAGACGAAGACGGAAACUCGCCUCUUGAUCUCUGUGAAUCAGAAUGGUCUUGGAUGCGAGAGAAGAAGGAUUCCAAUUAGUGUUUUUUAAGUCUUUAAAAUUGUGUGUCAAAGCUAGAUGCUUGUGUUUUUCUUACAUUUCCUCUGAGCCUCUUUGCUUCCUCUUAAGCUUAUGUUUUAACAUACAACAACACAAGUUACAUAUGAUAUAGUAGCUCUAGUUUUUAUUGGUUACUAUAUUGAACCCAGAGAGAUCAUCAUCAUCAAUCAUCAUAACUCAAUAAUAGUUUUUUUUUUGUUAGUA